AUGGCUGGGUUCUGUGAUGGCCUGGCUUCCUGCUCGGUCCCGCACGGCCUGACUCGGGCAGUCGCUCAUCCCCCGGGCUACGGCCGCCCAGAUCUGGGCUCUGGUCGGCGCCUGUGGGUGAACUCGGCUUCUUUCAGCCCCGCGUCCUACACGGCGGGACCGGGACCCGCUCCAUCCUACGCUGCAGCAGCCCUCGCUGCCCCGGGCUCGCUCCUCGGCGCUGCAGGCGGCCUGGCGGGCACCGAUCUCGCGUGGCUGAGCCUGUCGGGUCAGCAGGAGCUGCUGAGGCUGGUACGGCCACCCUAUUCCUACUCUGCGCUCAUCGCCAUGGCCAUCCAGAGCGCGCCGCUGCGCAAGCUGACGCUCAGCCAGAUUUACCAGUACGUGGCCAGCAACUUCCCCUUCUACAAGCGCAGCAAGGCGGGCUGGCAGAACUCCAUCCGCCACAACCUGUCGCUCAAUGACUGCUUCAAGAAGGUGCCCCGAGAUGAGAACGACCCAGGUAAAGGCAAUUACUGGACGCUGGACCCAAACUGUGAGAAGAUGUUCGACAAUGGGAACUUCCGAAGAAAGAGGAGGAGGAGAGGAGAGACCAGUGUAGCCGCUGUGCCUGGAGCUAGCAGCUCAGAGGGAGCCACACUGGAUCCCCGUGGCGCAGCUUCCCAAGACACUCAGACCUCGCGAUCCCCGCCUACGCCUGAGGCUGCCCCCUGCCUCUCAGGCUUCUCCACCGCCGUGGGUGCCCUGACUGGCGGCUUAGGCACCCUCCCUGAGGGCCUGGUCCGUGACUUUUCUUCCCGAAGGCCACCAACCGCGGCUGCCCACAGUCCUCAGAUCCCUAACACCGCCCCGGGCUUUGCCCCUGGCCAUCAGACGAUGGCUCCCGGCCUUAGAGUGGGUCAUCUUGUCUACAGUAGGGAAGGCACUGAAAUUUAA